CUCGCCAAUGCUGCUCGCAACUAUUUACGGCUUCGUCAGGAAUGGAACAGACGAUGCGAGGUCGCUGUGGAGGUCCUCCGCAAGCGCAACGCUGCAUAUGUGGCAUCGAUGGUCGGGGAAUGGUGGCGCAAUGCACGGAAGGAACUCCGUGCUCUUAGCUUGAGCGCAACUGGAAAACAUCGCAGACACCUCCUUAACCAGAACACUGCUCUUCUUGCCACUGCUUCUGAUUUAUGCCCUUCUUGGAUGGCCAAAGUUCACUACAACACUUCAUCACAGAACCGUUUGAAAAGGAGUCACCAGCCCAAAGAUGAUAAAUUCAUUUCUGUCGGCGACGGAGAAACUGACGACAGUGACUGGGCACCUGCGUCGUGCACCGAAACCUCUGGCAGUGAUGAAUCGCGCAGUCGAUCAACGAGCAGUAGCCGCGCAGUUAGCUUUAUCGGUGACACAGAUGGCGAUUAUGAUGGAUGCUAUCUUGAUUCACAGGAAUCUGAUAUUCGCGUUCCAUUACUGUCUCCAACUCGUCCGCUUAUCGAGGAGUUGAACUCGUGGAAAACCGACGAACACAUUCUCCAUAUUCCCUCUGUACUAUAUUCUGCCGAUCCGGAUCCUCAGGAUGAAUAUCUCUGCCAACUAGAGGCGAAACUUGAGGCUGAGCAGCAAUAUUGCAAAUCAAACCAAAGUACUCCUCACAAUGAGGAGAACUCAUUUAGUUCGGUUCCUUAUAGUCCACGGUUUCAUAGCUCUGAUUCAACCGACUACACGUCGACUGAUAAAAACAUACUUCUCACACAGAAUCCCGAUGAAUCAAUCGCCGAUGAAAAACACGCUGAUCCCUGCCCUUCAGAAAUCCAAACAGAAGUGGACCUACUCAAUUCGGAAGCUCUUCUUCCCCUAGAAAGGGUUUUGCCCGAGGAUUACCUCUCUAUUCGCGAUAAACAACUGCGGAUCACCACAAGUGAACCCCAUCAGUUCUUGCAGUCGUCUGUGUUUUCCGGACAGGAUACCUGCUUGACCGCAAUGGACUCAUCUAGUGCAAACGACAAUGUUAGUUUUACAGUUCCUCCUGACGGAGGCGUCUUAUUUUCGCUUUCCGACACUACCACUACCUUCAAUCGACCAGCAGCUCAUCUAACCGUCCCACCAUGGGGUCCGAAUUUAUCGUCCAACCUUUCGAAGUCUAGCCUCGUUGAGAUCCAAUCAAACGCCUUGCGUUUAUUUUCGCUUUUGAAAACUCUUCUGACGGAUUUGAAUACCACUGCCGAUGUGUGUGCGGCUGCAAAUCUUCCAACCUUUCGUCUCUCCACUCUCCCCCUGUAUAGUAUAGCCGUUGUCGUCAGUUGGUUACGCCACGCGCUUCCUCUUCAGGUACCCGCAUUACUUCUUCCUUCCAAUCCAAUGUCGGGUGAUGCUGAACUUGCCGUCGCGGCUCAUCUUGGUCAGCUAGUCAUCCCAGUCGGAUGCAACCCUAUCAAUUCGGAUCCGGAGACAUCGACUGUGCUUGAUCCGGGCUUUGGGGACUGGGGUCCACACUUGAUCGUCACUCCGCGCCUUUACCUCCCGGUUUGGCGCAGCCGGUUAUCUCACUGGUGUCCUGGCUUCAAGGUUACCUGCCUGGGUCUAGGCUCUCGCACAUCGAAGACUCCACAUGAGCCGUCAGGUUCAACCCGUCGUCUACGCUCUGCUGUCGCCCACGGUUCCGUGAAUGUGUGCCUGACCACAUAUGCGGCGGUUCUCGCUCGUCCCAGUCGCUAUUCGCACAUUCGCUGGAGCGUUAUUAUCCUCGAUCAGUUUCAGCACAUUUUGCCAUGUACGGAGCUUGAUCAAACCUCAAUCCGACUUUCGGUGGGCCUGAAGCAGCCGAUGAGAGACGAUCCGUCACAAUGCCAACCGGUCUCUGGGACACAACGGAGCUCUAUCCACACCCUCUGCUACGAUGCUAUCAAUAUAUUCGUAUCGGAACUUCAGUGUAGUGGUCACCGUAUACUCAUUAGCUCGGCUCCUGAUUUGCUGUCAUCUGCCUGUGGAUUUCGCCUUUUCCAAAUAUGUAGGUUGCUACUAUCUCAAACCUCAACUGAGUCCAACGAAUAUCGUUCUUGGGUUACCGAAUUUUUUGAAACCGUCCACCUCAGACAUGGUGGCCGAAUGGGAAACCAGCCGAAGGAUGGACGCCCUUCCAAGAGACAGUGUUUCGCUCCUGUCGAGCUGGAAGGCAUUUCCAUGCUACUAUUUAUCCAACUACACUCUCAAGCGAAUAGCCCUGACUAUGUGAAGUAUGGAUGCCAAAAGUGCAAAACUUAUAAGCCUUUGCAUACUUGA